AGGCUUACUUUAGCGGUGCUGUGAGAAAGUCCCGCGCUUUUAGUAAACAGUGAGAUGUAAAAGAAACCUUAAACAUUCUGCACCAAACAUUUACGCUUCAUUUCUUAUUUCUGUGUUGGGUAUUCGUUUGCGACUUCACGUCACAUUCCCGCAGUAUCUAAUUUACGUAUGCAUCGCGUUUUGUCGUCUGCGCCGUUGCCCCAUUGGUAAAUUUGAAAACUGAGCUCUAGGAUUUAAUUCACUGAACGAGCACGAGUCGGCCUCUCACACUAGUCAAGCCUGGAGUUUAAACUGUAGUUUAGAGUGUUUUUAGUGACAGUUUAAAGUAUCGCUGAAAUUUAAAAUGGCGGAUCAAUUAACAGAAGAACAAAUCGCCGAAUUCAAAGAAGCAUUUUCCCUUUUUGACAAGGAUGGUGAUGGUACUAUUACAACAAAAGAGUUGGGAACUGUAAUGAGGUCGUUAGGGCAAAAUCCUACUGAAGCGGAACUACAAGACAUGAUAAAUGAAGUCGAUGCUGAUGGAAAUGGGACUAUUGAUUUUCCCGAAUUCCUUACUAUGAUGGCUAGGAAAAUGAAAGAUACAGAUAGCGAAGAAGAAAUCAGAGAAGCUUUCAGAGUAUUUGAUAAAGAUGGAAAUGGUUUCAUCAGUGCGGCUGAGUUGCGCCAUGUGAUGACAAAUCUAGGGGAGAAACUUACAGAUGAGGAAGUAGAUGAAAUGAUUAGGGAAGCCGAUAUUGAUGGGGAUGGACAAGUUAAUUAUGAAGAAUUCGUAACUAUGAUGACGUCGAAAUGAUUUUAGCAUCACAAUUCCUGUAAAUUAAUUUUUCUUGCUUUCCAAAUUUAUGUAUGAUGUCCAGCUAGUUUGAAGUUAUUCUGUUGUGAAUGUUACCUCUGUAAAGACACUUUUGUACCAUACUCCAUCAGUGCAUGUUGGCAUUGAUGUUAUAUCAUACGUCGAUGUGUUGUGGUAGACUUGUCCUGUGCUUUUGUACAUUUCCAAUUUCCAUUACAGGUUAGAACCCAGAAUAGUAAUAAAUGUACAUACAUUCUUUUUUAAUGAUGCAGAAAAGGCAACUAGUCUAAUCUCGCAUUAGAUUUUCAACUAUGGGUUUAUCUUAGUGAAACAUUCUUCAAAGGCUGCCUUUCUCUAAAUUUAUUGUAAUUGAAAAUGAUCUGUUGCCAUUAAAUUGUAAAUUUUUUAGCACCGUCGUAAGUUUUGUUUUUAGCAUGGUUUUAUUAAAUUUAUGAAUUGGUUGUAUUUAUGAUUUUAGAAAUUUAAACUUUUGUUGAAAUACAUGUAAAGUUCCUGCCUUGUAAAAUGUCAGCAGAGUAGACUUCAGGGAUUCUUUUCUGUGAUUAUGCAUGCUGUGCAUUUAGCAUCACUUCAAACAUUUCCUACAAGUGCAGUUUAAUACCAACACAAUUUUAUGUACUGUUUCAAAUGCAAACGUUAAUAAAUCCAUUUCAAAAAA